AUGAGGGUGCGGCUGGCCAGACGCUGGCCGUGGUUUGGCAGGCUGUGCUUUUUCCUCGGGCUCCUGACGGCUGCUGCCUUCUUACUGGAGCUGUCCAUCUCCGGUUUCCAGGAGGUUUCCUCCGGGAGCGGGGUCACCGGCAGGCGAUGGGAGAGGCGCUUCUCAGACAGGGCUGAAAGCCCCGAGGAACUGGCCCGGCCGGUCUACGAGAAACCUCCCCCGGAUUCCUACGCUCUAGGGGAGUGGGGCAAGCCAGCCCACCCGCAGCUGAAUGCUGAGGAGAAGAAGCUGGAAGAAGAGCUGAUAGAAAAGUACGCCAUCAACAUCUACCUGAGCGACAAGAUCUCCCUGCACCGCCACAUCCAGGACGGCAGGAUGUCGGAGUGCAAGUCUGAGGCGCACGACUACCGGGGGCUGCCCACCACGUCGGUCAUCAUCGCAUUCUACAACGAGGCCUGGUCGACGCUGCUGCGCACCAUCCACAGCGUCCUGGAGACGUCGCCUGCCAUUCUGCUGAAAGAGAUUAUCCUCGUGGACGACUUGAGCGACAAGGUGUAUCUGAAGGCGGAGCUGGAGCGGUACAUCAGCGAUCUGAAACGGGUCCGUUUGAUAAGGACCAACAAGCGGGAAGGGCUGGUUCGGGCCCGCUUGAUCGGGGCAACCUACGCCACGGGGGACGUGCUCACCUUCCUCGACUGCCACUGCGAGUGCGUUCCCGGAUGGCUGGAGCCCCUGCUGCAACGGAUUUCCGAGAACGAGAGCGUGAUCAUUUGCCCGGUUAUCGACACCAUCGAUUGGAAUACGUUUGAGUUCUAUAUGCAGUCGGCGGAGCCGAUGAUCGGGGGCUUUGAUUGGCGGUUGACAUUCCAGUGGCAUUCCGUGCCGGAGUACGAGCGGCAAAGGCGGAAAUCCAGAAUCGAUCCAAUCAGGUCCCCGACAAUGGCUGGGGGAUUAUUUGCCGUGAGCAAGAAAUACUUUGAGUACCUUGGGACGUACGACAUGGGGAUGGACGUGUGGGGAGGGGAGAAUCUAGAACUUUCCUUCCGGGUGUGGCAGUGCGGCGGCAUCUUGGAGAUCCAUCCCUGUUCCCACGUAGGGCACGUGUUUCCCAAGCGGGCCCCGUACGCCAGGCCAAACUUCCUCCAGAACACUGCCCGUGCCGCCGAAGUGUGGAUGGAUGGCUAUAAGGAGCAUUUCUACAACAGAAACCCUCCGGCCCGGAAAGAAAACUACGGAGACAUUUCUGAAAGGAAACUCCUGAGGGAACGUUUGAAGUGCCAGAACUUCGAUUGGUAUUUGAAACAUAUAUUUCCUAACCUGCACGUGCCGGAAGAUAGGCCUGGCUGGCACGGUGCCAUCCACAGUAUGGGCAUCUCCUCUGAAUGUCUAGACUACAACUCGCCUGAACACAACCCGACCGGGGCCCACCUUUCUCUCUUCGGAUGUCACGGUCAAGGAGGCAACCAGUUCUUCGAAUACACGUCCGAUAAAGAAAUCAGGUUCAACUCUGUGACAGAACUCUGUGCGGAGGUCCCUGAGGCGAAGGACUUUGUGGGCAUGAGAAAUUGUCCCAAAGAUGGCUCUGAGAUCCCAGAAAGCAUUAUAUGGCAUUUUAAAGAGGAUGGGACUAUUCACCAUCCUCACUCAGGAAUGUGCCUUAGUGCAUAUCGUACUCCAGACGGGAAACCUGAUGUGCAAAUGAGGACCUGUAAUUCGGCAGAUAAAAAUCAGAUCUGGAGGUUUGAGAAAUAAAAAGGCCUGUGAUCCAGGAAUUCUCCCUCGUGAAGAAUAUGAAUAUGCAUCCCCACAGACAUAACGUUUAGGCCUGGUGAAGCCUAAAAACAAUUUUAUAAGUUGUUCAUAUGAGAACUACCAUGAACUGGGUGUUUUUUAAAGAAUUGUUUUUGGUAACAUGCCGUUUUAAGUGCCUUGUAUUCGAAACUUAAAGUGUUCACUUUG